UGAUUGGUCGAGUUAUUUCCUAGCAAUGCCGCGCCGUGCGCGAUAGGUCACAUCCCGUAGAUAUGCACGGGGUCGUUCAUCUCUACGGGGUGUAUGAACGUCGCCAGUUAUCAAUGUUUUAAGAUGGCGGACGCGAACGAGAAGUUGCUGGCGGAACUGUUGAAAAAACCUGGGAAUAACGUGUGCGCCGACUGCGGGGCCAAGAAUCCAGAAUGGGCAUCUUACAAUAUAGGUAUAUUUGUUUGCACGAGGUGUGCUGGUAUACACAGAUCUAUGGGAGCACACAUUUCGAAAGUGAAACACUUAAAGUUAGAUAGAUGGGAGGAUUCUCAAGUAAAUAGGAUACGCGAAGUGGGCAAUGCCGCAGCGAGAUUGCACUACGAGGAGCGCGUACCCUCCUGUUAUCGCAGACCAAGCCCAGAUGCCCCACAAGUUUUAGUUGAACAAUGGAUAAGAGCAAAAUAUGAGAGGGAAGAAUUUUGUCAUCCUGAAAGGCAGAAUCACUAUGUGUCAGGAUUUAUGGAAGGCUUUUUAAUGAAACGUGGAAAAGAAGAUUCACGUUAUCAUCCUCGUAAAUUUGUACUUUGCGAGGCGGAGGACACCCUCAAGUAUCACGUUAAGGAAAACAAGGAACCUAAAGCUGUUUUAAGGAUAUCUGAAUUAAAUGUGGCGUUUGCACCACCUAAAACUGGCAAUCAGAAUAGUCUUCAGUUGUCCUUCAUGAAGGAUGGCACGACGAGACAUAUCUACGUGUAUCAUGAGGACCCGGAAGUAAUUACGAAUUGGUACCUCGCUAUCAGGUGUGCGAAACUGCAUCGUUUACAAGUUGCGUAUCCAGGUGCGAGUGAAAACGAAUUACUUUCGCAACUAACGAGGGAUUUUCCGCGCGAAGGCUUCCUGUGGAAGACCGGUCCGAAACAUACGGACGCUUACAAAAAGAGAUGGUUCACACUAGAUGGUAGAAAACUCAUGUAUCACGACGAUCCUAUGGAUGCACAUCCAAAGGGUGAGAUCUUUCUGGGACAUACUUCCGAGGGCUUUGCAGUAAAAACUGGUGUACCAUCAGGUGCUAGAGAUCAAGGAUUCUCGUUCACUCUCGAAACGCCCGACAGAACUUAUCUGCUCUCUGCGCAAAGCGAUGACGACAGAUCGCAAUGGAUUAAUGUAAUCCAAAAAGUAAUAAAUAAGCCACUAACGCCACAGGACGCGACCGUAGCGGCGAGACUCGUAAGAAAGCGCACGGCAAGCGGAACAAUGAAUAUAUUUUCGUCCACGAGAUAGGGCUGGAUUCCUCUUAGACGUCUUUCUUAAUUAUUCAUCGGUAAUUGUACGAUCGAAUCGUAUUAUCGAAAUAAAUUAAUAAAUAUAUGACUCAGCAUACAAACACACACACACACACACACACGUGCGCGCGCGCGCGCGAAAUGGCACAUGUAGCUUCGGAUUAUUUACUCAUGUUGUUGUUGAGUCAUGUAUUUAAUUUGCGCACGGUUAAUGUAGUUUUCAUAGAAAUAUACGCAUAAGACUGCUCGAAGAUGUCGAUCAACGUGGACGAACUGCAAGCGACACCAAUCGCUCGGUAACAUUCUAGCGUUGAAAAUGAAGCUCGUGUCGUUUACCAUCGAAACGAACAAGUAGGCAGGCAGUAUCUUAAAACAAUAUUACAAAGAAUUUUUACUUAGCAAUAAUAUUGUGUGUGAUACUUGUCUCUGACAAUGCAACGUACGAAGCACCGAAAGAAAUUCUCUUCCAAAAGUUUAAUCUAAUCUGUUACGGAACAAUCUAUUGAACACAGCAAAGCUAUAGCUUAGGAUAGACAUUAUUUUAAAGAUCACUGAUUCGCAGUAUUUUCUUUGCCCUUUUUUUAUUUACUUAGCUGAUUUAUUUACACUAUUAUCAUAAGGUCACAAGUGAUAACGAUACACACAACUGUACAUAUAAAAUAAAUUCUGAGGGCCUAUCACUCCUCUUAUUAUUAU